CUCUAGUCGUUGAAGUUCACUCUCGGUUUGGUCGGCGCUGCAAAAGGAUGAAUCGCUACUUUCUCCUCCUCUGUACCAUUGUCAUUUUAUGUCAUGGAUUCGGUGAAGGUGGUAUUCUUACUGAUCUUGAAAAAGGACUUAGUAACAUCGAUCCAUUAGGGGACUUGAAAACUCAGAUUGAAAAUCUGGAAAAGAAUCUGUCGUCUCUUUGGAGCAUGGUUUCUGACAUGAAUAAGAACGUUAAACAUGAUCUGCAUCAGCUGCAUCUUUUUCAAAUGGAAGUAAAUGAUAAAUUGAAGAAUUUUCUCGGAAUGCCACUAAAGAAUGAAGGAAAAGAUAUGCAUCAUAUGAAUGAAGAUGGUCUCGAACAUUCUGAUCAUUCAAAGUCCUAUCACGGCUCUUUUCAUGACCGUCAUCGUGACGAUCAUCAUCACGGAGGUCACCAUGACGAUCAUCACCACGACCAUCAUGGAGGUCAUUACGACGACCAUCAUGGUUAUCAUAGACCUCAUCAUUAUGGAUCCGAUGUACAUAGUCGUGAAGAUCAUCAUGACAGUCACGAAGAUCACCAUGACAGUCACGAAGAUCACCAUGAUGAUAGCCAUCAUCACAAUGAUAGUUCUCACGAACACGACGACUCUCACAAAGGACAUGACUAUCAUGGUGACCACCAUCACGGGCAUGACGAUCAUAGUGACCCCCACCAAGGACAUGACUAUCAUAGUGACCACCAUCAAGGGCAUGACGAUCAUAGCGACCACCACCAAGAACAUGACGAUCAUAGUGACCACCAUCAAGGGCAUGACGAUCAUAGCGACCACCAUCAAGGGCAUGACGAUCAUAGCGACCACCACCAAGAACAUGACGAUCAUAGUGACCACCAUCAAGGGCAUGACGAUCAUAGCGACCACCAUCAAGGGCAUGACGAUCAUAGCUAUCACAGUAGUCACGAUAAUUUUCAUCACCAUCAUUCUGACCAUCACGAUACUACUACUCAAACAAACCGUUCGCACAGCGACGACCAUUCUCAACACAAAGAUGUGCAUAAUGUAAGCCACGACGAUCAUCAUCAUCACCAUGAAUCUCACCAUGAUUAUCAUCAUCAUCAUCACGAUCAAUCCCAUCAUUCAGAAAGCUUAAACUUCGAUUUUGCCAUCUGUAACGUAACAUCGAACAGAGCCAUACCUGAAGAAAAACAACAAAAUGUUACGGGGCUAAUUAGAUUAUGGCAGAAGGAAAAUGGUACUUUACACAUUCACAUACAACUAGAAGGUUUCAAGAUUCAUCAACAUGAUUCGGGAGAUCACAAAUCAGAAAAACACACCCAUGGUUUUCACGUGCACAGGGAUGGAGAUUUAAGCAAUGGGUGCCAAUCAACCGGUCCUCAUUACAAUCCGUUGGAAGUCGCUCAUGGUGGUCCAAAAUCACCUGUCAGACACGUGGGUGAUUUGGGAAACAUUGCGUGCGAUGAACAUGGAGUGACAAAUAUUGUGAUAACUGACGAAAUUGCUUCGUUACAAGGCCCAUAUUCAAUCAUAGGGAAAUCGUUAGUGGUUCAUGAAGAUGUUGAUGAUUUCGGUACCAAUCCUGAUAUUCCAGCGAGUAUAUCGAGUGGAAAUGCUGGUAGUAGAAUAGCCUGUUGCAUUAUAGAGAAGGUAGAACGUCUUCCACCUCCAAUAAGAAAGGAGAAAACUAGUAACUAUCAUCAUCAUCAUCAUCAUCAUUCCAGCCAUCAUCAUUAAUAAACAUCAUGUUCCGAAAUUUUUAUACAUUUAACAUUUAUUCAUUUUAUGUUCAAUAUAUGGAAGAAUUUAGAUAUUUUUGGAUACUAUUUUGAAACUUUGUAUUUUUUUUCAUAUAUCUGUGAUGAAUAUAUAAAUAAUAAAAAUUGAUAAUUGAUGUGUUGACAGUAAUGACGAAACUGA